GGGCCGCGCGGCGGAGUUUAUAAUGCCUCUCCGACGGCGCGGCAGCGAGUGGGAGCGAGCGAGCAGCCUGCUGACAGUCCGCCGCGAUGGGAGGCAAGAAAGUUUGCAUCGUGGGCUCCGGCAACUGGGGUUCGGCUAUUGCCAAGAUUGUGGGCAGCAAUGCAGCCAAGCUGGACAAGUUUGACACCACAGUCAACAUGUGGGUGUUUGAGGAGGAAAUUGGUGGCAAGAAACUCACGGAGAUCAUCAACACACAGCAUGAGAACGUCAAGUACUUGCCAGGCCACAAGCUGCCCCCCAAUGUGGUGGCAGUGCCAGAUGUGGUGAAGGCUUCAGCUGAUGCAGACAUCCUUAUCUUUGUAGUGCCGCAUCAAUUUAUUGGGAAGCUCUGUGACCAACUGAAAGGCCAUAUCAAGAAGGACGCGAUUGGGGUCUCGCUCAUCAAGGGUGUGGAUGAAGGACCCGAUGGUCUGAAGCUGAUAUCGGACAUCAUCCGCGAGCAGCUUGGCAUCGAAAUGAGUGUGCUUAUGGGGGCCAACAUCGCCAACGAGGUGGCCGACGAGAAGUUCUGCGAGACCACCAUUGGCUGCAAGAACCUAGAGCACGGACAGAUCCUGAAGGAGCUGAUGCAGACGCCGUGUUUCCGAAUCAGUGUGGUGCAAGAAUCGGACACCGUAGAAAUCUGUGGUGCCCUCAAGAACAUUGUGGCUGUCGGGGCUGGUUUCUGCGACGGGUUGGGCUUUGGAGACAACACCAAGGCAGCGGUAAUCCGCCUGGGCCUGAUGGAGAUGAUCGACUUUGCCAAAAUCUUCUGCAAGGGCUCCGUCAGUUCUGCCACGUUCCUGGAGAGCUGUGGGGUUGCCGACCUCAUCACCACCUGCUAUGGGGGCCGUAACCGAAAAGUGGCAGAGGCUUUUGCCAAGACCGGCAAGUCUAUCGAGCAACUAGAGAAGGAGAUGCUCAAUGGGCAGAAGCUGCAGGGCCCUCAGACAUCAGCAGAGCUGAACCACAUCCUCAAGAGCAAGAAUCUGGUCGACAAAUUCCCUCUUUUCACUGCUGUCUACGAGAUCUGCUACACUGGCAAACCUGUCUCCGACUUCAUCAAGUGCCUGCAAAACCAUCCUCAGCACUUUUGAUGGGCUUCCAGUCUCGCUCCUACAAAGAAAGGGGUUUGGGAGGACUUCCUGUUUCCCCACUGCCAUCCCAACACGAGAAGAGGGACCCAACACAGAGCACAGGGCAAACAAGGGAGGACUCAUCAAAGAAUCAUAGAAUAGUGGAGUUGGAAGGGACACUAAGAGUCAUCUCAAUGCAGGAAACACAGCUACAUAAUCCCAGACAGAUGGCCGUCCAACCUCUGUUUAAAAACCUCCAGUGAAGGAGAGUCCACCACCUUUUGAGGUGGUCCGUCCCACUGUCAAAACAACUCUAACCACCAUGGAGGUACUGGAUCAACUCUUUUGCCAGGGAGUUUCUGCCAUUUACCAAUCUCACCUUAAAUGGACAAAAGUUGCCUAUGUUGAGUCAGUCUCUUGUUUUGCUCUUCUUAGAUUCCAGAGCAUCCAACUUCUCGGCACACACAGCAGGCAAAGCUUUGGCUUUUAUCUUUUCUCUUGAGGAGAGAGAGAAUUUCUUCUGCCUUUUCUCUGUCACAUUUCUCCGACUUGAUUUUGACUUCUCUGGGUUCAGGCUUGAACCCUGCCGGUUUUGACUGCCUUAAGGGCUUGUUGAAAGUCAGUAAUUGGGAGAAGGGACAGGAAGCAAAUUCCGAUUACAGGUAAACCACCAUUUAUGCACGUUCAAUAUGUGUGUGGCUGUGCAUACAUGCAUCACUUCAAACCCAGAAGUUACCUGAAAACAAUCACGAAAAGGGGACGAACAGGGUGUUUGCAGGCUUCUUCAAAUAUACGCAAUUUCACUUAAAUGAACGGUGCCUCGGAACGUAACCCCUGCGUAAAUGGGGGGUUGCCUGUAUUAUUAUUUUUUACUCCAUGCCUGGAACGCAAGGAACCCCAGGCAUGAUUUAAAAAUAGCUGCUAGGGUUCUCUCCCCAGACAAGGCUUGACCUCAGCAUCCCUGGUAUCCAUGGGAAUGGGAACUGUAGCCCUGAAUGUGAAUAUUUGUCUUUUUGAAAAACAAAUAUUAAAGUGAGAAACAAGAAAUAAUA